CGGUUCCGAAGGGUGGGCUCUGCAGGGCAGUGAGUAGCAGUUUCCUCGUCGCCUGGACUCCUCGGCUUCCGCCCUACAUCAAACCCUGGCCGGACCAGCCUGGGAGUCGCCAUGGAGUCCACGCUGGGCGCGGGCAUCGCGAUGGCCGAGGCGCUGCAGAACCAGCUGCCCUGGUUGGAGAACGUGUGGCUCUGGGUCACCUUUCUGGGCGACCCCAAGAGCCUCUUUCUGUUCUACUUCCCUGCGGCCUACUAUGCGUCUCGCCGGGUGGGCAUUGCGGUGCUCUGGAUCAGCCUCAUCACCGAGUGGCUCAACCUCGUCUUCAAGUGGUUUCUGUUUGGAGACAGGCCCUUUUGGUGGGUCCAUGAGUCUGGGUACUACAGCCAAGCUCCAGCCCAGGUUCACCAAUUCCCCUCUUCUUGUGAAACUGGCCCAGGCAGCCCUUCUGGACACUGUAUGAUCACAGGAGCAGCCCUCUGGCCCAUAAUGACGGCCAUCUCUUCCCAGAUGGCCACUCGGGCCCACAGCCGCUGGGUGAGGGUGAUUCCUAGCUUGGCUUAUUGCACCUUCCUGCUGGCGGUCGGCUUAUCCCGGGUCUUCCUCUUAGCACAUUUCCCUCACCAGGUGUUGGCUGGCUUAAUAACUGGUGCUGUCCUAGGCUGGCUGAUGACCCCCCAGGUGCCCAUGGAGCGGGAGCUAAGUUUCUAUGGAUUGACCUCUCUGGCCCUCUUGCUGGGUGCCAGCCUCAUCUACUGGACCCUCUUUACACUGGGCCUGGAUCUUUCUUGGUCCAUCAACCUAGCCUCUAAGUGGUGUGAGCGGCCUGAGUGGGUGCACUUGGACAGCCGGCCCUUUGCCUCCCUAAGCCGCGACUCAGGGGCCGCCCUGGGUCUGGGCAUCGCUCUACACUCUCCCUGCUAUGCCCAGGUACGGCGGGCACACCUGGGAUAUGGCCAGAAACUAGCCUGCCUUGUGCUGGCCAUGGGGUUGCUGGGCCCCCUGAACUGGCUGGGCUACCCGCCUCAGAUCAGCCUUUUCUACAUCUUCAAUUUCCUCAAGCACACCCUCUGGCCAUGCCUGGUCCUGGCCCUCGUACCCUGGCUGGUGCACACGUUCAGUGCCCAGGAUGCACCGCCCAUCCGCUCUUCCUGACUCUAGGUGCCUCCUACACCCACCUCCCCUCUCACGAAGCCCAGGCUCUGUGACCUCCAUCCUUGGGAGGCGGCUCCGUCCACUUCCAGCCCCCAGCGGGCCCUGCUCAUGUUGAGUUUUCUACUUCUCCCACUACCUGCUCUCAGCCCCAAGAGGGGCCUUUUCUCUCCCAGGAAGGUCCUCCUGCCUUCCCUCCCAAGUCCCCAAAGAGCAAAGGCAACAGUGAGAACAAUGGGUUUCUGUAACACUGUGAGGGGCUCGGAGCAGCCCCAAUAAAGCCCUUCCACACCUCUGGA